CAAUUAAUGAAACAUUUAUUAAGCCUCUAUUUUAUGUCAGGCACAGUGCUAAACGCUAGGGAUACAAAAAGACAAUCCCUCCCCUCAAGUCAGUCAGAUGCUGAAGUUGACUCCAAUGGAACCUCUAUAAGGGGAGGGCUGAGGUUUGAUUUCCAUCUGUUUGCACACAUGAGCAAGAAAAUCUUUUAACAUGGUACCCAAUUCAACUACCUUUCUCCUUCCUUUCUUAAGGAGCCUUUUUAGUUUUAUUGUAAGGCCUGAACAACCGAAGGAUUCAAUUCCCCCAGGACUUUGGAUCCAUGACCUAACCCCACCCAGGGUUUCCCAACUUUCCCAACUGUUCCGAAGAAGAUAAACAGAAAUGGACAUCACAAGCCGACUCUUAACCACAAGGACGUAACCCUACCCAGUAUUCCGAUAAAAUAUCCUGUCAUUCGCAACUCAAACCUACCUUAUAUAAUCCUCCUCUCCCCUUCGUUCCAUCUGCCUCUUGCUUUUACAUUAUCCAGUGAGCCUCCUAAUUUGGGUUUUUCUUUUUGGAUACCUACUUCCCCCAACCUCCACUUUCAAAAUUUCUUUGCCCUCCUCGUCCAAUAUACAAAGAAAUUUGGCCAUACCCAUUGUUGGCUGCCCAUUCUCAGAACCUGUAGAAUAAACCUUUUAAAGAUUUUGGGGGGGGGGGGCGGGAGAGGAUGGUUUCGGUCUGAGAAGUUCGGGUGACCAGGAGGAAAACCCCGUGGCUCCUCCAGCAACGGAGGUGCCAAAUCAUAGGGCUGGGGGUGGGGAUUGGGCAGAGGAGCGUUCUCUUCCCUAGUCUUCCUCCAGCCUCGCCCCCAAGGUUAAGUUGAAGGUCCCCUGGGUCGGUCCUGAGUCCCGGGUCAGACUUCCAGACUUCGGCUGCCACCACUAGCGGAACUGUGCUAGAGAGGAGCGCUCGUUUCCGCUGGGUGGGGGCUCCGCAGCAAGGUCUGUCAUUACCCGGAGAGGAGGAAUAGACAUUUCCACCGCCGCCGCCGCCGCCACCCCUCCCGUUUGCGCGGAAGAGAGAGAGGAGGAGGAAGGAGGAGGUGGAGGAGGAAGGGGAGCAGCCAUGUCGCUAUUGUCUACAGUCCUCCCGGCCUUCAAGGUCUAUUAUGCGGCCGUUAUCGUGAUCCUCUCGCAGCUUUACCAGCGCUGCCGCUACGGCUUCUCUUUACCAGCUGGAAAUAAUGAGAGAGAAGGCCAAGAAGCUGUAAAACAAAUAAAGGAAGAAACUCUGACUUCAAAAGUGGAAUUUUUAUUCUGCAACCUGGCUUCCAUUAAGUCCAUUCGACAGUUUGUGAAGGAUUUCAAGGCAAGGAAUUAUCCUCUUCAUGUGCUUAUCAACAAUGCUGGAGUUAUGAUGGUCCCUCAGAGAAAAACUGUAGAUGGAUUUGAAGAACAAUUUGGUGUGAACUACUUGGGACACUUCUUGUUGACAAAUCUCCUCUUGGAUAUACUCAAGAAGACAGGCUCACCACAUCACCAUGCAAGGGUCAUAACAGUGUCAUCAGGCACUCAUUAUGUAGGAGAACUAAACAUGGAUGAUUUACAUAGCAGAUCCUGUUAUACACCUUGUGGAGCCUAUGCCCAAAGCAAGCUCGCCUUGGUACUUUUUUCCUAUCAACUACAACAUCUUCUUGCAGCUGGGGGGAGUCAUGUGACUGCUAACGUAGUAGAUCCCGGUGUGGUGAACACUAACCUCUACAAGCAUGUGUUUUGGCUUACAAAAGUGGUCAAGAAGCUUACUUACUGGUUGUUGUUCAAGACUCCAGAUGAAGGGGCAAUCACAUCCAUAUAUGCAGCAGUUGCCCCAGAGCUAGAAGGAGUUGGAGGCUGCUACCUUUGUCAUGAAAAGAUCAUUAAGUCUUCCUCUAUAACCUAUGAUGAGGAUCUACAGAGGAAGCUAUGGGCAGAAAGUUGCAAGAUGGUCGGAAUACCUAAUUUGAUCAACAAAGUCAUCUCAACCUAGUUGCUUCCUCUUUGGAAUCUCAUAAAUCUCCAUGAGUCUCAAGAAUCUCAAAUGAAGUUUAUAUUUUCUAUGCCUUCAUUUUUCAUAAGGACAUCAUGGAUUUGGCCUAAAGAUUAGUGGGUGCCACUCUGCCAAUAAGUCCCUACCUGCCCUUCCUGUGCAAUUCUUGUCAAUGUUUUGAAAUAAAUCUGCAAAUUUGCCAAGGGGUCCAGGAGGAAGGGGGUAAGCAAUCCAGCCAAUGUGUUAGGUGCUUUCCUCUAGUUCUCUUGCCAGUGGGAGAAAGAAUCCUCAUGCCAAACUGGGUAGACUGUGAUACUCAAGCCAAUAAUUUGUUUUGUAUUCAUAAUAUUUCAAGUUGUGAUUAAACGAUCUAUGAUAACAAA